GCGCGCGCGCGACCGGCGAUGAGACGCGCUUGGCACGAGGCGACCGCAUAAAAAGUUAUGGCCCUGGAAGCGCUUAUAGAGGAAGCGUUUGCUGCUAAAAGUACAGCAAAAAUUGGUGCUGCUCUUCUUGGAGAAAAAAAUUCAAAGUCUUUGAUGAACAGGCUGGACAAAAUAACUAGUAAGGAACUUGACAAAAAUGAAUUCCACAACAUCUUCCUGCUUUUGAGAGCCCUCGACACUCUGUGCGAAAGUGACGAAGACCUCAUCCGCUCCUUUGUUCAGCAAGGCCUCGUGAUGAAGAUGCUGGUGUGGUUCGAAAGAGCCACGGAGUUUCUAAAGAUGGAGGCUUUGAGGUACUCUAAAGGUCUACCAAACCUGAUCGAGGAGUUCUAUGAUAUUUCUAUGAGUAUAUGCCGGACCAGUUCUGAAGGGAAGCGUCAGAUCCAGGAUAUAUUCCUGCUGCGAUUUGGGAUUCUUGUUACAGACACUGACAUCUCCUUUGGCCUUCGGCUGGAGGCUAUCAGAACCAUCAAUUCAAUCCUUGACCGAUCAACAAAAGAGGAGAGAAAGAAGCUCAGUCUUUCUGUCGAUCACUGUUUGCUCCUAGAAGAAUUUGCUAAAGUGAUUCUAGAGGUUGGUGACUACGAAAUGCAGGUGGCCGUCUCCGAGGCCCUGUGCCGCAUGACCACCCGGAAGUGUCGCGAGGAGCUCGUCUACAAGUGGUUCCCCAUCAGGUGCUUUGCAGACUCCUUCAAAGCCAUAAACGAUCCGGAGUUUGAGACGGACUGCAGACAAUUUCUUAAUGAAGUUAACAGCUACUUUGGAGAUGAGAGAAGGGUGUUCACAUUUCCCUGCAUCCAAGUGUUUCUGGACACUACGGAGUUAUUCAAGCCGAAGGACGACAACCUGGACAAGUUCUGGAUAGAUUUCAACCUCGGCACGUCCUGUAUCAGUUUUUUUGUGAAUGACCCAGAGGGAGCACUUUGGGAAUCCAUCAACUUGCCAAAGGUUUCUGUCGACGGAUACGCUGUCUUGGAAAGAGAUGAAAAGAAAGUUCUGGCUGUUCAAAUGAAUCUUCCCGUCACUCACUGCAAAAUAAAAGGAAGAACAGUCCGAAUAUUUUUCGAAAAGCACUGUGAUAUAGAGAACGCUGCCAAGAAAGUGUUUGGAGAAGUGCUGCACCUCGAACCUGCACAGACUGAGAGACAGGCAGAGUUGACCAGGGCCACUUUAGAUCCUGGAAAUGGUCAUAAAGCUAAACCAGCCAGAGCCUCCAGUUCAGUGUCUGAGGAAGCCGUGGAUGAGACUAAAGGAGAAAGGUCUCCACAGGAAGAGCCUGAUGUAUUUCAUCUGAACGACCAUUCCGACACUGAGGUUGGCUCCUUGCUUUCCCGAGGAUUAUGGGACUGCGUAACGCACCCAGUGACGCACAGCGGUUUCUCAUGUUGUCGACCGUGUGGGAAGUUGGGGAACGCGUUCCAAACACGUUUCCUAUGUAGCGCACACAGCAUAUGCAGGGCAAAAUUGGCUUUGGUGACCAGAUUAAUUUAUACCUGUUUAUUCACGCCACAUAAUACGGGUUUGGGUAAGAGCUUUGGCAAGUGCAGAACAUCCACUACUUUAACGAUAACGGCAGUUUUCCUAAACUGUGUGAACCAGCAAAUCCCUCAACUACUCCAGGUUAAAGUUGCGGUAUCUGAGACACUGCAUGCCGUUUGUAAAGGCUUGUCACAUAUCAGGAAGGAAAACUGUAUGCCAUUCAUGGCAGCUUUGAGGAGGUACCAGGUGGCAAGGGCAAAAGCAAGAAUUUUCAGUCAGUCGUCUUCUUCGAUGGGGUCUGCAAGUUCCAGUCAAGCUGCACCCAAACCGAAAGAAUCCCAUAAGAUUUGGCAGUCUGAGACUGAGAGCAGCCCAACACAACGUGGGGAGAGCGAGAGCCUCCAUCAGAGGAGCCUCAUGAGGGCCGACUACACCAGGAAGAAGCCCAAAGUCAAAGCCAAGCUGAAAAUUCUUCCCCUGUCCUCGAGCAGCAGCGCCGAAGAGUCUCACGUCGUCAUGCACUCAACUCCCAAGCCGGUGGAAGGGGAGCAAAGCAGAAGCAAAGAAAAGCCUUUCCCUCAUCUCAGACAGCCCAGCUUGGAAUACUCGCUUAUUACACCUCGAACGGAUGAAGGAAAAGAUGCAGGUGCUAGCCUGCUGUGGAGAUGGAGCUGGACGAUUCUGUAUUCAUCAGAGAUGAUGAUGAUGAUGAUGAUGAUCUCCGUCGGACAUUCCAGUGUCAAGUUGCCGCUGCUUCCUUUAGCAAAGAAAAGGAAACAAGAAACGACAGGCCCCGAUUCAGGCCUCGGCUCGGAGAAAUGGCAGGACGCGCAGGAGGAAGAUCUUCCACCUCCAGGAGCGGAAGCGAAACGAUGGCGCUCCCCCGGGGAGAGGAUGGCCAAGCUGCUGAUGGAGGAGUCAGAGUCCGAAACGGAGACGGACGCCGGGGUCAUCGCUGCCUUUCAGUCCUUCAGAAAACAGCUGAACGAGUACUUUGCGUCCAGGCAUAAGAAAAUAGAAACCCGAUCCCUGGAGACGCUCUCGGACUGUCAGAAACACGUGACGUCUCUGCUGGGCUCUGUGCACAAGAACAGGCUGAUGCACCUCGAGAAGUUCCAGGACACGGUGGUCAAUGAGCUGUACAACCUGGAGCAGGACUGUCAGUCCCUGAAGGAGAUUGAGAAAGAAACUGUGGUCUUUUGGAGGAAAGAAUCAGAAACUGUGGAAGCUUUCUGUGGCCAUCAGCAGCAGAGGCUGCAGUCGUUAGGACUAGUGGAUACAGGCAGAAAGAGCACAACGGAGGAGCAGGAAGCGGCAUCGGCAGCGCAGGAAACUUCUAUGACGGGUGCAAAAGAUGACGUGCCUUCUACUGAAAACACCAGUAGGGUUACUUAGAACAGUACAGUUAGUUACAGCAGUUACACGGUAUCCCAGCAUAGUUGGGUUUUCUGUACCGCAAGCCAAUGCAUUACCCUGUCUAGAAGACACAGGAGAACCUGAUUUGAGAGGGGAAAA